UGUUUCUCGCAGUGUCUUAUGGGAUGUUGGAGGACCGAAGAGAUGAAAUGACCGGUGUGGAAGUGUCCGACGGAGGGAAUACCGAAGAUGCGAAAUAGACAGAAAUGUCAAAAACAGUAAACGUAGUUAAACGUUGAAAACGAACAAAUCUUUCUGACCAGUGCAUAACAGGAACGGAGAUGGCGGGGAUUAUUAAAAAGCAAAUCUUGAAACAUUUGUCGAGAUUCACCAAGAACCUCUCCCCGGACAAGAUCAACCUGAGCACGCUCAAGGGGGAAGGGCAGCUUUCCAACCUGGAGCUGGACGAGGAGGUUCUGCAGAACAUGCUGGACCUGCCCACCUGGUUGGCCGUCACCCGUGUCUACUGCAACAAGGCCGCCAUUCGGAUCCAAUGGACCAAGCUGAAGACCAGCCCUAUCUGCCUGUUCCUGGAUAAGGUGGAGGUGGAAAUGCGGACCUGUGAGGAGCCACGCGCCCCCAAUGGGCCAUCCCCCAUAGCCAUUACCGCAGGUCAAAGUGAGUACGGCUUUGCUGAGAAGGUGGUGGAGGGCAUGUCGGUCGUCAUCAACUCCAUCACCAUCAAGGUCCAGGCUCAGGCUUUCCACGCGUCCUUUGAACUGUGGCAGCUGCAGGGCAACAGCCUGAACCCCAAGUGGCAGCGCAGCGACCUCCGCUACACGCGCAUCACAGACCCCAAGAGAGGAGAGGUCCUGACAUUUAAGGAAAUCAACUGGCAGAGUCUGCGGAUUGAGGCAGAUGCCAUUGAGAGCGAGGAUCAGGACCUGGGCAGCACACCCUUACGUCUUAUCACUAAUCAGGGACGAAUCCGCAUUGCACUCAAGCGAAGGGUGAAGGACUGCCAUGUUCUGGCCUCCAAGCUGCUCUUCAUCCUGGACGACCUGCUGUGGGUGCUGACCGACUCCCAGCUCAAGGCCAUCAUCCACUACGCCAAGUCCCUGACCGAGGCCAUGGAGAAGUCUGCUCAGCAGCGGAAGAGUAUGGCCGCCGACUCGCUGCAGACUGCCCCUCCAUCUCCAGGCAUUCAAACUUGGUGGACCGACCCCCCUCCCGCUCCCUCCGGCACCCCCAGCACGCUGGGCCAGUACUUUGAUCUCCACGAUGUGAAGGAGUCCUCCUACCACACGUUUAUCUCCCGCCUGGACCUCCAUAUCUGCAAUGACAGCUCCUCGGUGGACUCAGAUUCCGAUGAACCUCCACCCAAAGGCUCUCAGGGAGCCAUGCAGCUCACCUUCCGCAAGCUGGGCCUGGACUACUACCCCUACCACCGGCCAGGUGAUGGCUGUCGGCACUGGGAGCGUCACUGCAGCGCCAUGGAGGCCAGGGCCCAGUGGGCGGCCAAGCUGCUGCAGGAGUUCCAGAGCCGCAUGGAGGCCUCGGGCAUCCCCGGACCCCACUCCCAGCCCUCGGCACCUGCCAGGGAAUCCCCCGCCAAGAAAGCCCAGGAUGGAGAGUCGGUCCCUAAACCCAGCCCCCCCGACCGAGAGCAGGCCUCACGUCGGAGCUCCACUGCCCCCGGGGCCCCUGCGGCCCCCGCCCCCCCUCCAGGGACUCCCUUGAAGAGGCUGCGCUCCAGCUGCGUGGUGGUCCGAGUGGACGACCUCGACAUCCAUCAGGUGUCUACGGGCGGCCGCCACAGCAAGAAGACUCAGUCCCUCCUCUCAUGCAACCGCAAGGCUCUCCACCUGCCCGACAACGUACCGGCCAUCCACCUGCAGUUCACCGAGUACUACCUCCCCAACAACCCUGAUCUGCCCAUUCCCUACUCCAACCUGUACGCCCAGCUGAACGGCCUGCAGCUGUGCGUGGACCCGGCCAGCGUGCUGUGGGUGAACACAUUUUCCCGGGGCCUGCUGCGCACCCUGGACCAGGUGAAGGCCUUCUACCACCUCCAGGACAGCAGCAAGAGCGACGAGCACGUGGACCUCCGCAUGGACGCCGCGCAGCUCAAGCUCAUUAUCCCUCUAGAAUCCUCCAUCCUGGACCACCCAGACCGACCCCAGUCCCUCAGCAUCUCCGUCCCCCAGAUGGUCCUUAGCAACACGCGGCACGCUCCUCACGGUUCCCGUGCUGACCUUGGCAGCACCUAUGGCUGCUUCUCGUCCCGCCCUUUCUUCCAGCGGGUGACGCCGUCCAACUUUCCUUGCGACCGAGGCAGCUUCCACCCACUGCCGCCCGCCUUCCUCCUGCUCUCCCAGGAGCAGGAGCCCUGCCCCCUGCUGGACAGGAGGCCCCCCCGUGCCCAGGACAUCUGGUCCCUCAGCCUCUCGAGGGUGGCGCUCAACUUUGAGGGGGCCCGGCGCGGCCCCAAGGGGAAAGCCCUGCCCUUCGUGGAGCCGUUCGCCAUGGCCGUGUGGAUGUGCCGGCCGACUGCCUUCAGGAACGGCGCCCGCCUCUCCCCCACGACCGAACCAGCUCCCGCCGAUCACAGCAAUCACCUCAGCCAGACCUCCAGCCAGCAGAAUGGACUCCAGGAGGACGCGCCCAACUCCGUGCCCAGCGAGGAAGCCCAGGAGCGGGCUGGAGCUGACCCUCCGUCAGCCUCCAUCCACAUCCUGGCUCAGUCGGUGACGCCGAUGAAGGUGUGGCUCAACCACUUCCAGUAUGUGGCCCUGCUGCGCAUGAAGGACACUCUGGCGCAGUUGGGUGGUGAACUGAGCCGGGGGGACUUUGGGGAGGGCCGGCAGAAAGCUAGCCGGCCGGCCAAGGAGGAGCAGCGGACGGCCCACAGUGUCUGUGUGGCCUUCCUGGUGGACGCCCUGGAGCUGGGCCUGCUGCUGCCGCCGUCGGCCAGACAGUCCGAGGAGGAAGCCCGCUCCCCGGAGGAGACCGAUAGCCCCAGCAUGAGCGACUCUGACGUGUCGCCCACCCACCGCAGCUCGGACCCGGGACCGCUGGAGGACAGCGGGAUCGGGGGCAACGGCAACGCGGCCCUGGCGGGUGGUGUGGACCAGGACGAGGAACAGGAGGGGUCUGUGGAGGAGGCGUGCGAGGCGCUGGAGGAAGGCACUGCCGCCGCAGAAGCCCCCGCGCUCUCACCGCCGCCGUCCCCUGGGAACGCCGUUAUCCUGCCGAGAGACGCCUCCGCCUUCAGCCUGGAGGGGGAGCUCUCCAGCGCCCUCACCGCCACCAAGGACGUCACCAAAGACGCCUUCAGCGCCUCGCUGGACCUGACCAAAGGGGCCUUCUCCAUCACGAAGGACGCCUUCAGUAUGCUGGGCCGAAGCUCGGGCAUGACCAAGAUGCUCUUCGCCUCACCAGCCAAGGAUCCGUCCCCUCGGCCUGAGGACUCCAGUCCAUCCCUGCUGGGGAGUCUCCGGCUGCAGACGAUGAAGCAGUCUCCCUCACAGGCCUCCUUCGACAGCGCCAUACUGGACGGGAGCCUGCCCGACGACAGGCUGUCAGUGUGCAGUGACUCCAGUGAAAACUUUGUCAACCUCAUGGACGAGACCGGUCUGGAGUCCAUGCGGCCUGAGAGCAUUGCGGGCGUGCUGGCCAGUCGAGGCAGCCCUGCGGCAGGCACAGAGGCCGGCUCCUCGGCCGACCAGAGCAGCUCUCUGUCUCAGAGCAUAGAGGACAUCAGUGAGGACAUGGCCUCAGUGCUGCUGCUGUGCCUGAGCGGGGUGGGCAGCGUGUCGGAGCUGAAGGGGGAGGACGUGGUGGUAGCUCUGGUGGCUCAGGAGAUGACGCCCAAGACGCUGGGCAACCAGAGGAUCUCUGAGCUCCUGGCAGGACUGACUCAGGGUGGUGUGUCGUCUCCCAGAAGGCCCCUCUCCCCUGCCCACAGUUCCUCCUCCCCUCCAGUGGUGGCGCUGCGAAUGGAGAUGGGGCCUGCUGCCGCCCGCCACAGCCCCCUGUCGGAGAGCGUGGGCUUCCUGGAGCUGCAGGUGCAGGGCUGCCGGGCCGAGCUGCUGGCCUCCUCGCUCGGGGGCCUGGGGCCCUUCCUGGAGGACGAGCUGGCCACCGACGUGCAGCCCAUGAGGAUCAGGCUCCGAGAUACCGUCUUCACGCUCAAGGACAACGGGCCACUGGUCUACCCCACCGCCCCCCAGUCUGUGCCCGUGGUCUUCAGUCUGGACGGAGUGGUUCUGGAGCGCUCCGACGACGGGGCCUUCAGCCUGAGAUCGGGCGAUGAGCAGAUCAAGAAGGAGUGUGCAGUGACCACAGCGGCAUGUUGGAAAAAUGGAGAAAGAGGCUGCAGUGGGGCCACAGACGACAGCAAGGCUGUUGAGUCACAGCUCUCCGAGGCCCAGUCUGCCCUCUCUCAAGCUCUGCUGGAAAGAGAGCGCCUCCUGCAGGAAGUCCGGAAGUAUGAUCCCAUGUUCACACUGUGAUCUCCCACAUAGACCAGACCAGCAGGGGGCGACAAGGAACAACUGAAGUCAUGGAGAACCAACUGAAGUGCCACAGAACAAACUCUUUCUCAGAGGUCUUGGGGGGGGGGGGGGGAUUACCUUAAAAAUAUGUAUACUUUGUCAACAAAUAGAGGUUAGGGGGCAGACUGUGGUCUGCAAUUCUAGUAAGGUCCAAUUUUUUGUUCUUUGUGAAAGGAUCUGGGGGCUCUUUGUAAGGUGUGAAGAGUGGGUUAACAUCUAGCCAUUUUUCGCCUGAGCCUUGAUGACUUUUUGUUGGGGAAAGAUGUCUUCUUACGUUACAUAUGUGGUGUACAGACAGUUUCUCUUCAUUUCUCAGUCAUGGUGGAAACCCCAUUGCACAUGCACUGUUUCACUGCCUAAGAACUCCAUAGUAUUUUAUUUAUGUUUUCUUCCCUUUUCUUUUGUUGUGUGUGUGUCUGUGUGUGUAAUCCUCACUGUUCGGCAGGCCGUUAAUUCUACUACUAUUACAACAUUGGCCCGGUGUGGGUCAGCUAACAUCUGCCCAAGGCUUGGAAGUCAUGUAGUUCGUAUAUGAACUUGUAAAUUCUUUUUAGCCAUAUAAUUUCUUAGCAUCCGUAUGUUAGUUGUAUAUGUUAUUAUUGGCUGCUAUUUAGACGCAUCAAUGCAGUUCUGUGUAGGACCACUAUGGUAUUAAGGAGCUAAGGAGUUAAAAAAAACUAACAAGCACUUUGAAGCACACCUCUGUCCUGUUUAGAAAAGCAGGUACAGCACAUUGCUGUUGUUAAUUUGCAGUGUUAUCUGUAGAUUGAGGACACUCUUUUCAGCUUUCAGUAUUCUAAAAUACCGGGUCAACCAAUUUAAUGUCACUCAAGUCGCUGCAAAAUGUCCUUGAAAAGAGGCUGUUACGCUAAGGCACACGGGGAUGAAUGUGUGUGUGUGAGAAUGACGAACACGGGUAACUAAUGAAGACUUGCCUUGUUAGUUUCAAAACCUAGUAAUUUCGUUCUUUUUCCACCGAUGAAAUAGUGUGUUUGGGAAAGGUCAUGUUAGCGUCAAUGGAGACCUCAGCCCCCCCCCCCCCCUCUUGUUUCAGAGCAUUUCAUAUUCAUUUAUAGUUGUGUCAGAUGUAGCAAAAAGGCAUAUUUAUCAAAAUGAUCUUACCAGCUGCUGGCUGUUUUAGAUUGUCUAUUUUCUCUGUGUGCAUCUUUGCACACGAAAUGCCGAGCACAUGGAAAAAUUAUCGUCUGUAAAGUAUGAGCGCCAUAUUGGAUACAACAAAAGCACUCUAAACAUACUUAAUGCCAAAUAUUUGUAGCCUUUUUUUCCAAUUUCCGAAAAUUCCAUUUGUUUACAAUGUGUGGCAUCAUGUUGCGUAUGAAAUAUUUUAACAAAACUAAAAAAUGUCUAAUGUAGAUAGCUGAGGCAGGUGAUGCAAAAUGAGUCAGUACUUUUUUGGGUUGAUUUUUGCACAAGAGGUCUCUCUCUCUCAUUUGCUCUGUCAUCGAGAAACAUAGGUUAUAUAUGCAUGAUAUGCUUUGUUGUUUUUAUUAGAAUCUGUUUUUUAAAUAUGAAUUUGAGAACUGGGGAUUUCCUGUGAGGGAAAUACCGCCUCCUUAUACAGCUGUCAGCAAGUCCUUAAACACUAAGGUCAGCAAGGGUUCCGCACAGCCUCAGCGUUGUGAAGGCAUUAAUAUGGUUCAAUGUAAAGAAGAAGAGCACACCAUACAUGACUAAGGCUCAUUCACAGGUGGAUUGUGGGUAACCACAGAUCAAGGAGGCUUUAUGCGUACAUAGGUUACAGGUUUGAUGUCAAAUUUACACUUUGACCAGGUGAGCUCUACUUAUACACUUAUACAAGCCCCUUGCCUGCUUACCCACAAUUCACCUCUUUGUAGAUCCAUUUUCAUUGUGCACAUGACUUUACAUUGACCCGUACCAGUGCCUUUAAACCCACCCAGGGCAAGACCCUGGCCUCUGAGGAGGAGGUAUGAUGUGGCAUCAGUGCACAGUUAGCACUGAAGUACUGUAGCCCUCCAGCAUCAUGUCUGACUACUUUCGUCAGAAAACUGUAGGUACUGUAUAAAGAGCAAUAUGAAACAAGGUAUAUAUAUACAUCACUCAAAUGUAUAUGAAAAAAAAAAAAAAACAUAACAAAACAAAGAACUCCUGGUGCCGAAACGGUCAAUGCAUGCUAAGAUCUGUUAUUUUUUUCCUGGUUUGGUGUCAGUGAGAUGACCGUGAUUUCUAGAUUGUUGUUUAAACACUAGCUCAAAGGUAACAGUAUUUUUCUCCGGUUAUUUGUGCUCAUUGGUUUAGGCACAUCAGAUGGCUCUAGCAUGCUAUUUACAUCCACUUUUUACAUUUGUGCUGAUAUCUUUUCAUGACAUAAGUUGGGAUUUGAACAGGAAAUGAUGAUGAUGAUUGGAAAUGGCUGUUGCCAUUCCUACUCUAAUGAAGAGAGCUUCUUUGAUUCUUUUCUGCAUGAUUCAUGUUUCAGUGCUGCAGAUGCGAUUGCUGUCAAGGUCACAAAGGAUGUGUGAUGAAGCAGAGAUUUGUUGUCUCUUAUUACAGCCAUUUAGUUGAGUUCUCUCAAGUGGGUGCUCUGAGACAGCAGGUACAAUGUUGUCAGCUUUGUCAGUAUUUUCUGGAGUCAUUUGCCCUUGAUUUUACUGCCUCAGCGGCACUGGUAAUUACAUAGACACCCUCUUCCAGUCGGGUAGAAGGGCGUGUAUAAACAGAAGUCCUUUGUGGUUUUUAAACAUCUUUUAGGAAGGUUUGUUGUUGGUGAAGGGGUUUUAGAGAUGUUGUUUUGGCUAUGUGUGCUUGGUACUAUUCAGUGGGCUGGGAAAUGAUUGUAAAACUAGAAAUGUCCUUUCAAAGCUGCAGGGAUGUGUGAGGCUCCUCUGUUAGAGGGUGCAGAAUGCAUUGGGUCAGUUUUGGACGUAGACUAGGCAUACCCCUCAGAAUGAACCUCUGUGUUCCAGAUACUACUACUUGGACUAGACUUUUUCCAGUCCAGAGUCUGUUUGAAAGUGUGUAUUUAGUAGUACAACACAGUAACACAGGAUAGCUACAGAUCUGACCGUGUCCAUUUUCUGUUGUGUCUAUUUCUUUGUGAAUAUAUAAUUUGCCUACAGAAUAUUUGCUUCUAAAAUGCCAUUCCAAAAAAAUUUCAUUUUGUGGCCUUGGUUGUCCGCAUGCCUGGUGUGGAGCAUUGAUUAUUUUCCCCAUGAUAACCCAUCUCCUCCUCCGUAUUUAGGCAAGAGUGGGCUCUAUACUCUUGGCCUCACUGGCCAGAUGUUUUGGAAAACCAUAAUUAUCCUCAGUAGUAGUAUAGUAGUAAGUAGAGAAAUCCGCAGUUCAGUAAGCCUUUAAGCAUGCAUACUGGAAAUGAUGGCACAGAGUAACAUUUUAUCUUCUUGCAGGUGCAUCCAGUUCUCAUGGAGUUUUUUUCCACAACACCAUUUAGAGUCUGCAAAUGACAGCCAUGCUUCAUUUUACUGUCCUAUAGCCAAAAAUUACCCUUAACUCAGUUGUGCCUCAAUUAUCUUAUGUUAGGGGUAUUCUUUGUUCCACACCAAAAUAUUUCCCAAAUCAUUAUACUUCCAUUUCUAUGAUUCUCUCGUAUUACAAUAAUGAUGGUGUUAAACGUAUGGGUUUCAGUUCUAUUGACACCCAUUAUUAUAACUGGAAAGAAUGUUGUGUGUGUUUCUCGAAUGGAAUCAUUUUUUGUCUACUUUUUUUUUUUUUCCAUACUGUGUACUCAAAUGAACACAUGUGUUAGGAAAGUUUUUGAAAAAUGUAGAGCAUAUCAGUUGUUGACUACAUAGUUAAAGAUGGUCUUAAUCCUUUAGGGUGGAGAUUACUCAUUCAUUUGACUCCACCUUCUCACGUGUUCACUUAGCUAGGGUACUUCCUUUUAAAACUGCACUACUCGGGGUUUGGAACUUGAAGUCCCUAUGUCUUUCUUCAUCAUUAAAAUUGCAUGCAGGUGAGCCACGUUAAUGGUACUUUACCCCCUUGAGUGUUCUGUGUGUGUGUAACUCACCAAUGAUCUCUAGGUUUGAAGAUUUUGUACCAUCAUCACACCUUAUACUGUAUGGCAGGUUGGUUCUGUGAACCAUCGCUUUGUGUGAAAGAUAUUACAAAGCUAAAUUAAUAAAGAACAGGUUUAAUUACCUAUCCUCACACAAAA